CCUAAGACACCGAAACUUCAACGUCUGCGUCUGUCCCUUUCUUUUUCUCUUCCACGCCGAAAUUCACUUUUAUUUUGCAACUUCAUUUCCAGCUACGCCCAAUUUGCACCUUAUACGAUUAUAUAACAUAUCAUCUUUCACCAUACACUUUACACAAAUUGGAUCACUUCAUAUCUCUCUCUCUCUCUCUCUAAAGAUGAGGAGGAAUUGCAACUUGGAACUUUGCCUUUUCCCUCCCUACCAUACUUCUGCCAAUCGCCACAACCAAUGCAAUUUGGUAGAAGAAGAGGAUCAUAGUGAUAAGAGGCUAACAACGCAAAAUCAGCAACAACCGCUAACAAUUUUCUAUGAUGGCAAGAUUUGUGUUACUGAUGUCACCGAGUUUCAGGCCAAAUCCAUCUUAAUGAUGGCAAAUAAAAAGCUACAAGAAAGUGUGAAUACACCAACACCAAGAGGGUCAGAACCAUCAACACCAACAAUAGUGUAUUCUCCUAAUCAAUUGUAUAGCCCAGCAGGCCUAGGCCCAGGCCCACGCCUUUCAAUGAAAAGAUGUUUGCAGCGGUUUCUACAAAAGAGAAAAAAUCGGGUCCUAGAAGCAUCUCCAUACAAUCACUAGUAAAAUCAAAUUUGUCCUUUUCUAUUAGAUUAGCCUAUUUAGAAUUAAUUAUUUUUUUUUUUUUUUUUUUUAAGCCUUUAAAGGUUUUUUUCCCCCUUUUUUUUUUUUUUUUUUUUAAAUUUUUUUUUUUUUUUUUUUUUUUUUAUACAAUUACUAUAUUUAAUGUUAUUGUGAAAUAUUGAAGGUAUAUUUGUCCUCCCAA